CGCAGAGGGUUGUCUCACCUGCUGAAACGCGCUUCGCCAUUCAGCGCAGCGGAGCCCGUUUCGCUCUCAGCUCCGGUUGAUAUCCGCGCCCGCGAGCUGCGCUCCGUUUGUUUGGGUUUGUUUGUUUUUUUUUAUUUUUUGCCUCCUGCUUCCUGAUGCGACAGGCUCGGCUCUCCCACCAUGCCUCCUGCCUGUGGACCGUCUCUGCCAGAGUAGGCGAACAAAGCGCAUCAAGUCUCUCCAGAGAGCUGCCUCCCCCCGAAACGGCGGAUCUGUGUCAGUAAGUAGGCUGCUGGAUAACCACCGGGCCACGGCGGCCGUCCUCCUGGCUGUCCGGCUGCUUUGUGUUCGAUUCACCUGGAAAAAAAAAGCGCGCGGUGUUAAAGAUGGAUUCGCUGGAACGGCUUGUAUUUUAGGGAGCUCUGCGACGCGCGGCUGGACAGAAACGAUGGCCAGGUUCUGGAUAAAGCCGGACACCUUCUCGGUUUCCUGGGAGUAGAGCAGGCCCGUGUCGAUGCUCGGCGGCAGAAAGCCUUCCAGCGCACUGCAGCGAUCACACACACGCGUUUCAUCUCCCGGGGCGUCCGCGGCUGCGUGGCACAAACACGUCCGCGCGGCGCUCAGACGCACUGACACGCCAAUUCCACGAGCAUGGAGCACACGGGGAUCGAGGAGGUGAGCCAGACGCACCAGCAGCAGCAUGAGCCCAUCAGCUUCGGCAUCGACCAGAUCCUCAACAGCUCGGACCAGUCCAGCGGCUGCAUGCUGCCCAACCGGACCGGCGACCCGGAUUACGCGCUGGCCUCCAACGUCUACAGCAACGGCUACGGCGGCGUGUACAACCCGGCCUGCUCCAUGGCCGCGGCGGCGGGGCUGGCCGGCUCCUACAACGUCAACAUGAACAUGAACGUCAGCAUGAACAUGAACGUCAACGUGAACUCGGGGGCGGCCGGCGGGGUGAUCCGCGUGCCGGCGCACAGACCCAUGCCCCCGCCGCCGCCCGCCGCCGCCGCCGCGCCUCACCCGCCCUCGUCCGCGCACCCGCCGGGGAUCGGACCCGGGAUCCCGUCGGUGCCGGGGAUGGGCAUGGGCAACGCGGCCAACUUCACCUUCCCGUGGAUGGAGAGCAGCAGGAGGUUCGCCAAGGACAGGCUGACAGGGGAGCAGGCAGAGGAGAGCCGAGCCGGGGAGGCCGCGGGGGGCCCGGGGGCCGCCGGGUCCCUCUGCCCUCUCCCCAAGGGAGACAUCGGCAGGGUCCCAGUCUGGAGCACAGUGGAGACGUUAGCCAAAUGCUAUUACCCCGAGCUGGCUCACCUGCGGGACGGCACUGGCCUCCUCGCUGACUAUGCUUUUCCAAAGGGCGCCUGCCCAGCCGCCCUCUCGCCCUUCUCCGUCACCCGCCGCAUCGGACACCCCUACCAGAACCGGACGCCGCCCAAGAGGAAAAAGCCGCGCACCUCCUUCAGCCGGGUGCAGAUCUGCGAGCUGGAGAAGCGCUUCCACCGGCAGAAGUACCUGGCCUCCGCCGAGCGCGCCACGCUGGCCAAGGCCCUGAAGAUGACCGACGCCCAGGUCAAGACCUGGUUCCAGAACAGACGGACCAAGUGGCGGCGGCAGACGGCGGAGGAGCGCGAGGCGGAGCGGCAGCAGGCCAACCGGCUGAUGCUGCAGCUGCAGCAGGAGGCCUUCCAGAAGACGCUGAGCCAGCCGCUGCAGCCCGACCCGCUCUGCCUGCACAACUCCUCCCUGUACGCCCUGCAGAACCUGCAGCCCUGGGCCGAGGACAAUAAGGUGACCUCCGUCACCUCCCUGGCGUCUGUCGUGUGAGGGCGAGUGUGUGUGAGGCUGUGUGUGUGUGUGUGUGUGUGUGUCGGGAGGGACAGCUGUCUGUUCUGGACUCCACCGCUCAGGAGCUGUGUAUCAAGUCUUCAACUGUGAUCUUGAAAUGUGUGUGUCGAGCCAUUUCCUGCCUCACACCCCGUUUCCGCUUUCCCUCCAGCUGUCGGUCUAAAAGAGCGGAGGGCGGGGGCCAAAUGGACACCCCCUGUACAUGCCCGCCUAUCAAGACUGUCCCCCUUUAUGCCUCUGGAUCCCCCCAAGGCGGCAGAGACUCUCGGCCGAUAGCGGCUCCAAUAAAAGACCUCCUCCUGUUUUUCGCUUUUGACUUUGUACAAUGUAGUAAAUGCAUGUUUCAAGCCUUUUCUGUGUGCUCUUGAGGUUCCGUCGACGUGCGCCGCAGCGUUCACGUGCUAGAGGACUGGCGGAAGCCACAGAUUCCCUCUCAUGUUGAAUUUAAAGUGUUUUAUAUUAAAUGAUAUUGUGACUUUUUGAAA